ACCCGUUCCUAAUCCGAAGCAAAUGGCGGCCCUGUGCCACUUCCCUUCCGCCCCUUCUUCCCCUCGGCUCUUCCCUCUCUCGAGAUUACUUUCCCCCGUCUCCCGCGCCUCCAAACCCCAACACCUCCUCCUCGCGGCCUGUCCCAUCGAGAAUUCCAUCCCCAACGCCUCUACCGCCGGCUCGCGUCUCCGGUGCUUUUCGUCUUCUCCCAACGCCGCCGCCUCCCCUGUCACCCUCCCGUCGGAUGAGCGAGAGUCCCGCUCUCUUGGGGAUAUCACUCGCCCCGAUUUCCCCAUCCUCCGUCAGGUGGUUAAUGGAUUCAACUUGGUUUACUUGGACAAUGCGGCGACUUCUCAGAAGCCUUCUGCUGUUCUCGACGUCUUAAACGAAUACUAUGAAACAUAUAAUUCAAAUGUUCACCGAGGUGUCCACUAUUUGAGUGCAAAGGCCACAGAUGCAUAUGAGGAAGCAAGAACAAAGGUUGCCACUUUUGUCAAUGCAAUGGAUCGUAGAGAGAUUGUAUUUACCCGUAACGCUACAGAAGCUAUCAAUCUAGUAGCCUACUCAUGGGGUUUAUUAAACUUGAGGUCUGGGGAUGAGAUAUUACUUACAGUUGCUGAACAUCAUAGUGCAAUUGUACCCUGGCAAAUUGUUGCAAAAAAGACUGGUGCAAUUCUGAAGUAUGUUGGGUUGACAAAAGAAGAGGUUCCCGAUCUUGACCUUUUGAAAGGACUCCUUUCAAAGAACACCAAGCUUGUAGUUACUCAUCAUGUCUCUAAUGUACUUGGUUCUGUUCUGCCUAUAGAUGACAUUGUGGUCUGGUCACAUAAUGUUGGGGCAAAGGUUCUUGUGGAUGCUUGUCAAAGUGUUCCUCACAUGAUAGUGGAUGUGCAGAAACUUGGUGUUGAUUUCCUAGUUGCCUCAUCACACAAGAUGUGUGGGCCUACAGGCGUUGGUUUCUUAUAUGGAAAAAUUGAGCUCUUAUCCUCAAUGCCUCCAUUUUUAGGUGGUGGUGAAAUGAUAUCUGAUGUGUUUCAAGAUUAUUCAACCUAUGCUGAGCCACCUUCCAGAUUUGAGGCUGGAACUCCUGCUAUUGGAGAAGCCAUUGGUUUGGGUGCUGCAAUUGAUUAUUUGUCAAGCAUUAGCAUGCAAACAAUCCAUAAUUAUGAGGUGGAGCUUUCAAAUUAUUUGUACCAUAGCCUUUGCAGUGUUCCUAACUUGCACAUUUAUGGGCCUGCUCCUUCAGAAACAGUUCAUCGUGCUGCACUUUGUUCAUUUAAUGUUGAGAAAAUUCAUCCAACAGAUAUUGCAACAUUUCUUGAUGAACAACAUGGGGUGGCUAUUCGAUCUGGACAUCAUUGUGCUCAACCUCUGCACCGUGCCUUAGGUGUCACUUCAAGUGCUCGCGCUAGUCUUUACUUCUAUAACACUAAAGAAGAAGUGGAUGCCUUCACUCAAGCACUUAAAGAUACUAUCGAUUUCUUUACCUCCGCCCUAUAACAGCAAGCAUCAUCUCCUAAUUCACCAAAUAUGGAAAAUCCUCAUAUGGAGAUGUUUUUCUUCGUAAGCCAAGAAACAGGGGACAUGACGAGAAGCACCUGCUCCUUCCAAGGUAUUAUCAUGUCAAAUUGCAUGUGUAUCAUCAGUAUAUUAUUAUUGGACUUGGUAUUAUCGGUCAUCACCAUCUAGUUUCAAAAGAUAAGAAAUUUUAUCACUGGCAAUAAUGCAUCCCAUUCCAUAUUGUUUCA